AUGGCCGCAAAUAAGGGUAGCAGCUUGGAGGAGAUAAAGAAUGAGAACGUCGACCUUGAGCGCAUACCGGUUGAGCAAGUAUUCGAGCAAUUGCAAAGUUCGAAGGAGGGAUUGACAAGUGCUGAAGCCGACAAGCGGCUUCAAAUCUUUGGGCCAAACAAGCUAGAGGAGAAGAAGGCAAAACUUUAUAAUUUUCUUUGCUCAGAAAGUAAGCUCCUCAAAUUUUUGGGUUUCAUGUGGAAUCCUCUGUCAUGGGUUAUGGAGUGCGCUGCUAUCAUAGCCAUUGCAUUGGCAAAUGGAGAGGGUAAACCACCGGAUUGGCAAGAUUUUAUUGGUAUUGCGGUUUUACUGGUGAUCAAUUCGACCAUAAGCUUUAUCGAGGAAAAUAAUGCCGGGAAUGCUGCUGCAGCUCUAAUGGCAGGCCUGGCACCAAAGACGAAGGUGCUGAGGGAUGGCAGAUGGAGUGAGCAGGAAGCUGCGAUUUUGGUACCGGGAGAUAUAGUUAGCAUAAAGUUGGGAGAUAUUAUCCCAGCAGAUGCUCGAUUGCUGGAAGGGGAUCCCCUCAAGAUUGAUCAAUCUGCACUGACCGGUGAGUCGUUGCCAGUGACAAAGAACCCCGGGGACGAAGUGUUCUCAGGCUCCACCUGCAAACAAGGUGAGAUUGAGGCUGUUGUCAUUGCCACUGGAAUCAACACUUUCUUUGGAAAAGCUGCUCAUCUCGUUGACAGCACAGAGCAAAUCGGCCACUUCCAGAAGGUGUUGACGUCCAUUGGUAACUUCUGCAUAUGUUCCAUUGCGGUGGGCGUGGUAAUAGAGAUAGUCGUAAUGUACCCAAUUCAACACCGGAGGUACAGAGAUGGAAUUGACAACCUUCUGGUUCUUCUCAUUGGAGGCAUUCCAAUUGCCAUGCCUACCGUGUUAUCUGUGACUAUGGCAAUUGGAUCGCACAGGUUGUCACAGCAGGGUGCAAUCACCAAGAGGAUGACUGCUAUUGAAGAAAUGGCUGGGAUGGACGUACUGUGUAGUGACAAGACUGGUACUCUUACCUUGAACAAGCUCACAGUUGACAAAAAUCUAAUCGAGGUAUUUGCUAAGGAUUGUGACAAGGAUAUGGUGAUUCUUCUUGGUGCUAGAGCUUCAAGGGUUGAGAAUCAGGAUGCUAUUGAUGCUUGUAUUGUCGGAAUGCUGGCUGAUCCCAAGGAGGCAAGAGCAGGGAUCACUGAAGUGCAUUUCCUUCCCUUUAAUCCGGUGGAAAAGCGCACAGCUAAUACAUACAUAGACAGCAAUGGAAAUUGGCAUCGGGCUAGCAAAGGGGCCCCUGAACAGAUUGUUGAGCUCUGCGGCCUAAAGGAAGACGUGAAGCAAAAAGUUCACUCCAUCAUUGAUAAAUUUGCUGACCGUGGUCUUCGCUCUCUUGCUGUCGCUAAACAGACCGUACCGGAGAAGACAAAGGAGAGUGCAGGAUCGCCGUGGAUCUUUGUUGGUCUCCUGCCACUUUUCGACCCUCCAAGGCAUGACAGUGGAGAGACCAUUAAGCGUGCCCUUAACCUUGGUGUCAAUGUAAAGAUGAUUACAGGUGAUCAGUUGGCUAUUGCAAAGGAGACUGGUCGAAGGCUUGGAAUGGGAACAAAUAUGUAUCCUUCUUCCUCCCUACUUGGACAACACAAGGACGAGAGCAUUGCUCAUCUCCCCGUUGAGGAACUCAUUGAAAAGGCUGAUGGCUUUGCCGGAGUCUUUCCUGAGCACAAAUAUGAGAUAGUGAAGAAGCUGCAAGAAAGAAAACACAUCUGUGGAAUGACAGGAGAUGGAGUGAACGACGCACCUGCUUUAAAGAGAGCGGACAUUGGCAUUGCAGUGGCUGAUGCUACUGACGCUGCCCGUGGUGCAUCAGACAUAGUCCUAACCGAGCCAGGAUUAAGUGUGAUAGUGAGUGCUGUUUUGACAAGCAGGGCCAUAUUUCAGAGGAUGAAGAACUACACAAUUUAUGCAGUUUCCAUAACUAUUCGUAUUGUGCUCGGUUUCAUGCUCAUUGCACUCAUCUGGAAGUUUGACUUCUCACCAUUCAUGGUUCUGAUCAUUGCAAUACUUAAUGAUGGAACCAUCAUGACCAUUUCUAAAGACAAGGUGAAGCCAUCGCCAUUGCCUGAUUCAUGGAAACUGAAAGAGAUUUUCGCCACUGGAGUUGUUCUUGGAACUUACCUUGCAGUGAUGACCGUUGUUUUCUUUUGGGCUGCAAAAGAAUCAGAUUUCUUCUCGGACAAAUUUGGUGUAAGAUCAAUCAGGCAUAACUACCACGAGCUCAAUUCAGCUCUCUAUCUUCAAGUUAGCAUAGUUAGUCAGGCACUCAUCUUUGUCACUCGGUCAAGAAGUUGGUCUUUCGUGGAACGCCCAGGUCUACUACUUGUUGCUGCUUUUUUUAUAGCACAGCUGAUUGCAACAUUAAUAGCGGUCUAUGCAAAUUGGAGAUUUGCAAGGAUCCAAGGAAUUGGUUGGGGAUGGGCCGGUGUAAUCUGGAUUUACAGCAUUGUCUUCUACUUCCCGUUGGAUAUUUUCAAGUUCUUCAUUCGAUAUGCGCUGACCGGCAAAGCGUGGAAUACUUUAACUGAUAACAGGACUGCCCUGACAUCGAAGAAGGAUUAUGGUCGAGGAGAAAGGGAAGCGCAGUGGGCUAUGGCUCAACGCACGCUACAUGGCCUCCAGCCACCAGAGACUUCUGACCUUUUAAAUGACAAAAAUAGCUACCAAGAGUUGUCUGAAAUCGCUGAACAGGCCAAACGACGAGCUGAAGUUGCAAGGCUGAGAGAGCUUCACACUCUCAAGGGUCAUGUCGAGUCAGUGGUGAAGCUCAAGGGUCUUGACAUCGAGACAAUUCAGCAACACUACACUGUUUGA